GUCUGCUGGGUUUAUUUGAUUAUGCACAAGUUUCAUACUGUUUUAACUGUUAUUUACUCUGUUUAAUAAGACAUUGAACACAAUGUGAAGAUAUUUUUAGAUAGUUUUACACAAAGGCAGGUCCUUUCACAACUUUGGAAGUGAAAUGUCCAUUCGUUGUAGUUUUGCUGUUUACAACUCUGAAUUAUGUGGAAUUUAUAGUAUAUUCCCACUCGAAAACCAACCAGUUAAACUAGUAGAUUGCAACAGAGACAUUUUUAACCAUUUAAGAACACUAAAUUUGAGUGUGGGUAGUACUGAAAGAGGUUUUAAAGUUCAUCAUGACAUUAUGUGUGAGGCAGACUUGUUGUGUCGUCGUGUUGGGCUUUUCAACACCAAUUAUUCUUUGUCUGUGUGCCCACUUCACCGUGCAAAACUUGGAAUUGCAUUUAAACAGACAAAAGUAUGUACCCAUCCACUUCACAAUGGGAAAGGACGUACAUUCAGAGGAGUUAACAGCCAGCAAAGUAGGAAGAUCCUAGAGGACCAUGGAGUGUUGCUCCCUGUUGGCAGUGGUAUUUGUUACCAGUGUUACACAAAGAUUACCAAGAACAUAAGUACUGAUCAAGACACCAGUUACUCUGAUAUUGAGCCACCUGCCUCACUGAAUGUACAGUCUGAGGUUUAUAGCUUUCGAGAAAGAAAACCAAACAGUUCUAUUUUUGAAUCAGGAUUAAAUUUGGAUUCACAAUUGUCUGCAUCUACCCAAAGUGACAAUUUAUCCCAGAUAUCAACAUGGAGUGAUGAAAUGGACACAUCUUUAGAUGACAUUAAUAGUACAAUACAGACAAUAUCAAAAGGUUCCAUAAGCUCAUUGAAGUUCCAACUAAGAACUGAUUAUGAACACCUUAAAGAGUCAUCUAAGAGGGCUGUGAAGCGAAAAACACACACUGUUGUACUUAGCUGCAUAGCUCCAGGUCAAGAGAGGAAGCUGCUUAAAGUUAUCCAGCCAGAUGAAAGUGAUGAUCAGGAAACCAGGUAUGCUCUUUCGGAACAAGGGACUUGA